UUCCUCUGCCUCCUCCCUGCUCUCUCUGCGUCUGCGAAGCUCUUCUGCUUUCAUCAGGUAGUUGAUCUCGAGGAAGAUUUGGAGUUUUUGUGGUUUCUUCUCUGCUUCGUUGGUGAAACCCCAUGGCUGGUUCAGUGAAUCGUUGAGCUGAGCUAGAGUUCUUGUUCUUCGGUGGAGUUUGGCUUUGCUGUUCUUCGAUUCAGAAUCUGGAGAUGGCGCGCUUUCAGGAAACUAAGGCGAUGAAUGAUAAAGGACAUGUUGCUGAUCAUGUUGGGCAUCAAGACCUCAUGGAAAAGCUCACAGAUCCUCUUGAUUCCGGUGUCAUGGACAUGAUGGACGAAGCACGAAUCCCUAAGGCACGGAAGCCGUACACGAUAACGAAGCAGCGGGAGAAAUGGACCGAGGACGAACACAAGCUAUUCUUGGAAGCCCUGCAGCUCCAUGGCCGUGCCUGGCGACGCAUCCAAGAGCACAUAGGCACCAAGACUGCCGUGCAGAUCAGGAGCCACGCGCAGAAGUUCUUCUCCAAGGUCAUCAAAGAAUCAUCUGGGGACAAUUGCAACAGCUUAGGUGCUGCACCAUCAAUUCAGAUUCCCCCGCCGCGCCCGAAGCGGAAGCCGGUGCAUCCGUACCCACGCAAGCUAGGGAGCACAGCCAGCAAGAACGUCUCUGCACUGAAACAGCUAGAGAAGCCUCAGCUGCAGGUGCAGUCUCUGUAUGAUCAGGACAAUGGGUCGCCGACGUCGGUGUUAACAGUAGCACAGAUACGGCAUGAUACCCUGGGAAGUGAUAGUGGUGGGUCGCCAGCCUCGACGAUUGACAUCGAGGAGAGAAGCCCCACACCAAGCACAACAACUGCUGAGUUAGCUGUGGAAUUGCCUCCUGCAAAUGCCGAGGAGGUCAAGGGCAAUGGCAAUUGUAAAGAAGUUACAUGUGACAAAUCAGGAGCUCCAGUCCUUAGGUUAUUUGGCAAGAGGGUUAUGGUGAGUGAUUUACAUCAGAUGUCGACCCCUGAUACUGGGAACCUGCAAACUGUGGCAGACAUGGAAGUGGAUGCUUCAGCUGAGACACCAACUAGUGGAACUGGGAAAUUCUCUUGCCAUGGUGCAGCAGAAGCAAACACAUGGAACCCAUGGUUGACCAACACACACCAGUUUCUGUAUUAUCUUCCAAAUGGACAGUUUUUCUCCGUGCAUUCUGCUCUCCCAUGCUUCAGCUACCAUACUGAGGGUGCAUCUUCCCCCCAGAUGUCACAUCCACAGGUGGUAGCCUCAAAUCAACAUCAUCAGCAUCAAGCUUAUGAAGCUGUAGAUUACAAGUGUAUGCAGAGGGAAGGAUCUUGGACGGAGUCACAUUCAGCCUCAAGCAGUGUGGCUGAAACAACAGCUCGGAAUUCAGAGACUACAGAAUCAUAUAGAAAUGGAGACAGAAACAACGAUUGGAUGAUACCUUUACCAGAUUCAAGAAAAUAUGUGAGCCCUGGUUCCAACUGCAAGCGAGGCUUUGUGCCAUACAAGAGAUGUGUUGCUGAUAGUGAGGCUCUGUUGAAGUCACAGGCGCCUCAGGAGGAGGCAGAUGGAGAGAUGACGAGGCUGUGCUUAUAAAUUUUUGGAGCCUCACCUAUCACUGCUACUAUAGAUGCUUGCUAAUAUUGCUCACAGAUGAGUAGGAACUGAUGUACUGCAGGAGGGGCUGCUUUCCUGUUAAUACAAGAGGCUGAUUGAAACCACGCUAGUACUCCACAAAAACAGGAGAGCGGCUGUGGUUCUUGUCUGGCCAUGUAUAGUUCAAAUAUGCUUUGUUCCCAUUUUCCUCAUCACGUGUUUGUAAUUUCGCCCCCAUUUCGGGAGCGUUCAGAGGUCAAUGGCUGUCAUGCAGUGACAAGUAUUUUGAUAGAGCUGUAGUAGGAUUGUACUGAUGUAAAUUAUACAGUAACUAUUAUCUGUAAGACAAUAACAUGCGAGGUAAAGAAAGAACGUUGGAAAGCCUUGUUCA